AUGGAGCAAGAUGAUUUCUGGCGGGAAGGCCUCAUUCCUUACUGUGUUGAGAUCCACGGCUUGCCCAGUAAUACCUUAACGCAAGAACUGAAGGACCAUUUCAAAAACGCAAGUGACUUCCAGCUUCAACGAGGAGAGACGGACUGGAAAAUUAUAGUGCUGUUUUCUCAUCGAAAAGAUGCUGAUGAUUGGGUCGCGAUUGGCAAGUUGGAGAUUGUAAUUGAUGAUGAAGACCCUGAAACAAAUAUACUUGAUAUUUGCGGUUGCACGCAGCCAAGCGAUAUCCCACUUUCAUGGAAGUCAUACUCACCUGAAGAUUUCACGUCAAGUGAUUCGACGGCCCAAACAGACAAUGAGCUGAAAAUUAAAAACCCAACUCCCCAUAAACUACAAAAUACUGAAAUUGAGGAAAGGAAAGAACUGAACCCUCCAACAGGCAACAGACAAUACAACAACAAUUCCAAAAUCGACAAUAAUCCUGGACAGGUUAAUCGGCUGGGUGGACAAUGGACCUCGUAUGGGAGGCAGGGGAUAUCACCAGAAGUACCGUAUCCAACUCCACCGAGGAUCCCGCCUCCAUACGGAGGCCAGGAUCCGAAUAUUCAGCAGCCAUUUGAAGGACCGUAUUCGCGACCAUACGGAGAACUGGGACCCGCCCGUCCGUGGUCAAAUAGUGGACCAAAUACAAACGUUCCGCUACCAUAUGGCGGACCAGGUCCUAAUCUCCCGAUGCCUUACGAAGGACCAGGUCCAAAUGUUCCACCGCCUAAUAGAGGACCUGAUCGAAACAUACCGCCGCCAUAUGGACCACCAACGCCAUAUUUGCAGCCUUAUGGAGGACCAUAUCCAAUGGUCCCGCCGCCUAAUCAAGGAUCGGAUGCCAUAGCCUCAUCUUGGUACGGCUAUCCAGGAUAUCACGUACAUCAACAGCAGUCGUCAACGAAACAUAUUUCACCAGAACAGUCGUCUGCGCGACAUGUGUCACCAGAACAGUCGUCACAGCAGCAGAGACUUUCAAAGAAAUUUCACCGGCCUUUAGACGAGCCUGGUUUGGGUAAAUCAAAAACCAAAUCCUUUAGCCGUGAACAGAAGCAAGUGGGCGAGGAUAUGAUAGGGGAUAAAGAAGAGAUUCUUUGUGUCAAUACAAUUUUAGUAUCUAAGUUACCUGACCAUGUGAAAGAAGAGGACCUGAAGAAAUUUUUCGAGAGUAAAAGAAAGUCAAGUGGGGGACCGGUUGAAAAAGUUGAUAUCAAUCACGAAAAACAAACGGCGAUAGUAACUUUUCAGAAAGCAGAAGUGGUUCCACGUGUACUAGCUCGUCAUCCCAUGCUUUUUAAAAAGGAAAUACUCGAAAUUGAAGAAUUUCGCGUUGAAUGUGAAAGUGACGAUGAAUCGGAGGAAGAAACAUCAGACAGUGACAUAGACGAUCAGGAGGAUUUAUCCACUAUAGAAGUCCACGGGAUGUCACAAAAUACAUCAUGUGAUACUAUUCAGUUCUAUUUUGAGAAUAAAAGAAAAUCAGGUGGAGGAAAUAUCAAGCAGUUCGAUUUCGAUCCUGAAAAAAUCAUUGCAAUUAUCACAUUUGAGGACGCAUCAGUAACUGACGAAGUCAUCAGAAGAAAACAUGUCCUGGAUGGCAGGACACUGGAUGUGAAGAUGUUUCUCCAGCCCCUACCUGUACAGAUGUGUGAGGAUAAAGUCCUACUCCGGGAUGUUAAUCCCGACACAAGCAAAGAUGCACUGGAGAACUUUCUGGAACUAAAAGCUUCAGCCCUUCCAAAAUCUUUGAUAUAUGGUGAAGAAGAAGGAACAAUUCUAGUGACGUUUGGCAAAAAUAUUGACUUUGAUACGUUUGCAAGUUUAUGUCAGAAACGUAAACUGGAGGGUAGCUUUCUUAAAGCUGAGAGAGUUGCAGUCACAAACUGUGUGUCUGUGGGUAACUUGAAUCCCAACACGACAUCAGACGCACUGGAAAUGUUCUUUGAGAACGGAAGAAGAGGCGGGGGAGGUGAUAUACAAAAAGUAGAAAUGUCAGACGUUGACAACUCAUGUCUUAUCUUCUUUGAAGAUUUCAAAGUGGUAGACAGCGUAUGCGGUCAACGACAGUUGGUUUUGGACCAUUCUACUUUGUCUGUACAUCCCCAUUAUACUGGUCUUGGUCAGGUGAGUGACGGAGAUGGACAAACGCACGCCUUUAAAGCACCUCCGCCAAUAGAAGUACAUGACACUGAUAAAAUCAAGAUGUAUGCAUUCCUGUACCAGCAUGGCAGAAAAGAAGUUUAUCAAACACUAGAAGCCAUUAAUGCUCGGAUUGAAUGGCCCGAACAUUAUGAUGACGUCCAGUUUUCAGUUUCACCAACUCUUUCGAAAACUACAAAGAAUGUUAGAAAAAUGGCAAGGACGUGGAACAAUGAUGUGCUGCAAGCAAUGUUCAAUAUCGAGAAAAGCCUCAAGAUUGAAACAAUAAAAAUGUUGAAAGAAAUUUGGAAUGAUGAUUUCAAGGCAAAGGUACGGACUGACGCGUUCUCAGACUCCUCUGCAGUACACGUGUCCUAUGAUGAUCAGUCGUCUGAAGUAACAUUGAUUGGUUAUCAUAGACAAGUUGACCAGCUAGCACGAUUGAUCGUAGAAUCAAGACUUAAGGCGGAAAAUGACAUUGAAAGGAAAAAGAAAAGAAUAAGAGAGGAAAUGAACAUUAGUUUUCCGAAGCUAGUGCUACUAUGUGACUUGGAUACAUUGAAAAUAUUGCGCCGAGAUAUACCAGACCUGGCUGUCACAGCAGACACCGAUAGAGGGAAACUUCUGUUUGAAGGACAAGUCACGGAUAUCAAGUUAGCACAAGUGGAUAUAUAUGAAACCAUGAGCAAGAUGUCUCAUACAAAGAUGGAGAAACAAUUUUCAAAUGCAGGAUUGCUUUUUCUUAAGACUGAUGCCGUUCAUCAAUACCUGAAAUCAAAGAUGAAGGAAGCCGGUAUUAGAUGUUCAUGGGAAGUCCAGCCAAGUGACAGUUCUAUCGUUUUGUACAGUCUAACCCAACCCGAUAUAGUCAAGGCGGCAGAUCUGAUCAAGGCACGAGUUAUGGAGAAGUCACACCAAAUCGACAGACUUUCGAUAACAUUACUCUCAAAGGAUCCGUGGAAGAAAAUCUGCGAUAAUUUCACGAGAAAGUUUCCUGGAAUGGUUCAGGUUGAGGCUGACAUGACAAGGUAUCAAGUCCAGAUACUAACAAUAGCUGAACAUUGUGGGGAAAUUUUAGAAACCAUUGAUGACUUCCUUGCCAAAAAUACAAUUAUAGAGGAGUCUAUGAAACUUGAACCCGGAAUAUCCCAGUACUUCAGGCAGUACAAACGCGACAAUUUGACGUUAAUUGAAAGAAGGUCAGCCCAUGGAAAUAUCAAGAUCAGUCUAUCAGAUGAGGAAAUGGUCAUUCGUGGUUCGAGAGAUGAUUUGAAUCAUGCAAAACCUUUGGUUGCAGAUCUAGCUUCAAACGUAAAAUUCAAAUGUUUCUCUUUGGAUAAACCGGGAAUCCAAGAGAUAUUACAAUCUGCAUAUUGGGUGUCAUGUCGGCGCGAUAUCGAAACUAGACGGACCUGUAUCAUAGAAGUUUCAACAACUGGAAAGAAAGAAUUUACACAGUUGAGUCAUCCUGGUUCAACUUUGGAUUCACAACCUGAGGUAAUUGACGUGUUAAUCGUCUUUUUGUGA